AAGUUUGACAAUUCGACGGUCAAUUUUAUUCACAUUCAAUAUGUCGAACCUUUCGGUAUUACCAAAAUUAUUAAAAUUACGUCCUAUCAAUCACAUGAUUCUCUUGAAUGUUCGACAAUUGACAUCUGGCAUAAAAAGUGAAAAAAUAAAUACAAUAGUGACACACAAUUGUGCUGGAACAAAUGGAACAACAAUACACCACCGUUCGAUUGAAAAUUCAGUUUUGGUGAAGCGUUUAGUUCAUACCAGCAACCAGCAUUGGAAAGACGAUGACACAAAUAAAUCGCAUAUUGAUCAGUUUCGUGCCGACGAGGUCAAAAUUGAGCGUGAAUAUGAAGAGAAACAAAAAAAUGAGCAACAAACAUCCGCUGACAAUGACCAUUCAACGACCGAAAAUCAUGAAAAAAUUCAGAAAAUUCGCUCCGACAUUUUGGAUGCAUCUCUAAAAUUUGUCGCAACAAACGGUUGGAGUCAUGAGGCAAUUGCACACGGUGCUGAAUCGAUAAAUUAUCCAGGUAUAGCACACGGUAUGUUUCCCAAUGGCGCCAUCGAAUUAAUUCAUCAUUUCUAUGCGAAAUGUAAUCGCGAAUUAAUUGAACAGUUACAACGUGAAAUCACUGAAACUAGUGAAAAAACCGUCGAUAAUGGAAAAAGGGGCGAACCAUUGAGCCCAAGAGAUUUUGCAAUCAAAGCGAUACGGAUGCGUCUCGAAAUGAUAAUACCGUACAAAGACAGUUGGGCACAGGCCUGUGCUAUAAUGACUCUGCCACAAAAUGUGCCCACAUCAUUAGCACAUCUCUUAACAUUGGUCGAUGAUAUUUGCCAUUCCGCCGGUGAUCGAUCGGUUGACAUUGGCUGGUACACAAGACGCAUUGGAAUUGCUUCUAUUUAUAAAAUGGUCGAAUUGUAUAUGUUACAAGAUAAAUCACCGGAACAUACUGAUACGUGGACAUUUCUGGAACGUCGCAUGGAUGAAGGCAUUCAAGUACAAGAAUUUCUUAGCACAUCUGACCAAAAAACACAAACAAUGGCCAAAGCACUCGGGUCAGCCUUUCAAACGGCCAGAAAUAUAUUAGGAAUUAAUUGUGAUAAAAGAUGAAGCAAAAAUUUAGUUCAAUAGAAAAUGUUCAUAUUUUCAGGCAUAAUUUUGUUGAUGUUGUUUUAACAGAAAUAAAGAAAAUAAACUGUAUGCAGUUUUGCCAAGCAGAAA